AUGCCCGCACUCUGGCAAGCCUCACAGCGACCCAUGUACGUACGAACCGUAUGGGUAGACGGAUUCAGACACGCCAUACUAACUAAUGACGAUCCGCACUACCUAAAACUGACAGCCAAGAAACGACGACCACAUUCCUCCGCUGGUGUCAUCAACAAACCAAACUCCAGACUAAGCAACGCAGACAGCGUGGAAGACUGCCUCAGGAAAUUCAAUUUAGUCGUCAAGAAAGACUUCAGCGUCCCAAAGCGGCGACGCCCCAUUAGCUCCAAGGAGUUCCGGAUCGAAAAACUCGAUUUAACCGAUGUGGACAACGAAUCAGAGGAAGGAUUCCUUUUAAAAGCAUCCCCGCAACCUUUAAACGACUACGAAACUUUCAGGUCGAAUUUUAGUAAUUUCAACAUGAGAAAUUUCAGAGCGAACCGUACUUCUAGACUAGAUGUCAAAGAGAACACAGAUUUAUCAGACAGAGUGUUGCAGUGGUUGGACUUAGCGGGCAAAGUAGACUUGCUGGCGCCGGAGAACGCGGAAAGAAUGUCUCAACCGAGACACAGUUGGCCGGAGAUACAAAGACGUAAUCACAACUUGGCAAAAUCAAAAACUGCAAUAGACGUGCGAGCUAAGGAGACAGUUAAGCCGUUUUCACCGAAGAUUUGUGACGGUGAGAAAUCAAACCAAAUUGGGAUUAUCGAUCGGCAUGAUUUCUAUUUGCCGACGUCGGCGAAUACGAUCGAGCAGUACGCGAGACAGUCACGGAACAUAAAGUGCACGCCACGGGAGACCACGAAAACAAAAGACUACGCCAAAACAAAAGGCAGGGAGCCGAAAUUGAACGUUGCUGAGGCGCGACAGAAAAUUGUCUCCGAAAGAAGCGAAGUACAAAAACAGUACGCCGAUUUAGUUAGUAAAAAAUUAAUACCUGACUUACAAGUGGGUACUAAGAAACAAGUUCACAUAUUCAUGCCAGAGGUGCCGAAGAAAUCGAACCCAACAAGUAGGACCGAAAGCCUUCUAUCGCAGAAAUCGUAA